GCCACAAUCAGUGGAAAACUGAAUGCCAACCGGAAAGGAUCGUUGCUCCAACGUCGCUGUGUGCGCUCUUUUGCUAAAAGUUUAGCAGGUGCUUUCGGUAUAGUCGUGCCCGCUCGUCGUCGUGGCGGCCUGUAAUCUAGUGUGGUAGGUGCUGGGUACCUGCUUCAUCAUCGUCGUGAUAAAAACGUUUUCGAACACGGUAAACGUUUCCCGCACACAGUUAAGCCUCAUUGUGAAGAACACCGGAGAACCGAUAUAGCAUCCUCAGAAAUGUACCAAACAGCAUAUCUGCAGUAAUACAAACAGCGAAGAAGAUUCACAACGUAGCGUUCGUUUUUGGUGCCGCGCACUUGUCAGCCGUGUCGGAAAAGUGAACAAAUACAGGUGGUGUGACUGGGCCUUGAGAAAAAAAGAAAUAAUAAUUAAGAAAAAGCGUCCACCGGGUCUAUUUGCCAAUAGUAGGCGCAGACACAUUAUUGCUGGAUGCCGGAAGGUCGGCCAAGUGCGAGAAUACAAAGCCUGCUUGUUUCAAUUUAUUUGCGAGUGCAGCGCGGGCGCGAAGAGUGAACCAGUUUGUGAUAGCGUAGAAGGCCACGUUUUUGGUUUUUUGGGACGUCGCCGUGCAUUAUAACCAGCGACACCUUCAACUGGGACCAGCAGUCGUAAUUGCAAGGAAACGAUAAAAAAUCCCGGAAACACUCGCGCGUAAUCAACGCACGGAACCCAGACCAUCAUGUAUCCCUACUAUGAAUCGGACUGGAGCAUUUUGCCACCGGAGCACAAUCGAAGAUACAGCCCGGGUCUCACAAUCAACAAUAUCAAACAAGUGAUCAAUGAAACGAUAGAAACUAAUAUUUUAAGAAAGCCUUCACCGACUCGCCUCCGGGAACUGAUCCGCCAGAUUCGAGCAGCCCGGACAGCCGCCGAGGAGCGAGCCGUAGUCAACACAGAAUGUGCCUACAUCCGAAGUACCUUCCGCGAAACGGACUGCAUAUGGAAAUGUCGCAACAUGGCCAAAUUGCUCUACAUUCACAUGCUAGGCUACCCGGCCCACUUUGGACAGAUGGAAGCACUGAAGCUGGCCGCCAGUUCAAAGUACACCGACAAACGGAUAGGCUACCUCGGAGCGAUGCUGCUGCUGGACGAACGACAGGACGUGCACGUGCUGCUGACCAACUGCUUGAAGAACGACCUCAACAGUUCGACGCAGUUCAUCGUGGGGACGGCCCUAUGCACCCUGGCAGCGAUCGCCUCACCCGAGAUGGCUCGCGAUCUAUCGCACGAGAUCGAACGCCUGAUCGCGUCCUCCAAUGCUUUCCUCCGCAAGAAAGCGAUCCUGUGUGCCUUUCGGAUGGUCCGCCGAGUGCCUGAACUGAUGGAGGAGUAUAUACCCAAGUGCUCACACUUUUUAAACGAUAAGAAUCACGGAAUCCUCAUAUCGACAAUCACCCUGGUCACGGAGAUGUGCGAACAGAGUCCGGUCGUGCUGAACUACUUCAAAUCUUCGAUCCCAACUCUGGUGCGGACGUUGAAAACACUGAUCGUGAGUGGCUACUCGCCGGAACACGUGGUCAACGGCGUGAGUGACCCCUUCCUGCAGGUCAAGAUCCUACGGCUGCUGAGGAUCUUAGGUCACGGAGACAGCGAUCAGUCGGAGAUCAUGAACGACGUGUUGGCCCAAGUGGCGACCAAUACGGAAACGAACAAAAACGCUGGAAAUGCUAUCCUUUAUGAAACCGUGCUGACAAUCAUGAAUGUUGAAUCAGAAAACAGCCUCCGAGUCCUGGCCGUCAACAUCCUGGGUCGAUUUCUGCUCAACAGUGAUAAGAACAUCCGCUACGUGGGACUCCUGACCCUGGUCCGAACCGUUCAGCGCGAUAUGACCGCGGUGCAGCGACACCGCAUCACAAUCCUCGAGUGCCUUUCCGAUUCGGACAGUUCGAUCCAGAAGUGUGCCAUGGAACUUUCGUUCACGCUGGUCAACUCGCAGAACAUCGAAACCAUUGUACGGGAAUUGCUCAAAUAUCUGGAAACGGCCGAUGCCGAAAUGAAGGGCGUCUGCAGCAGCAGGAUCGUCCUGGCGGCGGAGAUGUACUCUCCGUCGAUCCACUGGCAUCUGGACGUGCUGCUCAAAGUGUUGACCAUUUCUGGCAACAACAUCCGAGACGACGUGAUAGCUUCGACAAUCCAGCUCAUUUCCAACAGUCCGCCGAAAGAGCAGACCUACAUCAGUGGCAAAAUGUGGAAAUCCAUCACCAACAUGAACCAUCUGGAAAAUCGACAGCCACUCGUCCAAGUAGCCGUGUGGACCCUUGGCGAGUACAGUGAAGCCGGUUGCUUCGAUGAAAACGAACUGAUUGACCACUACCGACAACUUCUGUGGGCUCCCCAGCUAUCAAUCACCACCAAGCAGUACAUCCUGGUUUCGCUGGCAAAAAUUAGCCUUCGAAUGGAGCAUUGCACCGCCAACAUCCAGAACAUCAUCAACGCCUUCCGGGUGCACCUAAACAUCGAUCUGCAACAGAGAGCCGUCGAAUUCAAUCAGCUCUUCACCAGCCACAACCAUCUGAGGGCAGCCCUGCUAGAGAAGAUGCCUAUCAUGAAAAUUUCCGAACUGACCACGUCGGAGUACAAUUCGGAUUUCGUUGGAUCAACAGACGCGGCAUCGGCAUCGGCGUCAUCACCCAGCGAAGAAUCAACUCCACAGAAGCAGGUUUCGAAUCAAGACAUCCUAUUAGACUUGCUGGGAGAUUCCUUCGGCAGUAGCUCACCAACCAGCAACACGACAACCACGCCGAGUCCGUUGCAGCAGUCCACCCCAAAUGGACCAUCGGCUAACAAUGCGGACAUUUUGGAUCUGCUUGGAUUGGGUGGAGGGGAUCAGUCCGGUUCCUUCAUGGCCACGGUGAAUCCAUUGCCCAGUGGUAGACUUGGCAGUCCAACGGAGUACUCGGCCACGACGAUCCACGUGUACAGCCAGGAUAAUAUCGACAUAAGGUUUAUCGUGAAAAGGGAAGGCAACCACGCGGUCGUCACUGCUAAAACGACCAACAACUCGCUCAACAUGCUCGAGAAGUUUAUGCUUCAGAUCGCAGUCCCGAAAGCGUUCACGAUACAAAUGAUGGUACCCUCCAGUACGGUGAUGCUCCCGGGGGAAUCGGUCGUACAGGACAUCAACGUGGUUCGGACCAACCAAACAGCCAGCAGUCCCCUUCGGAUGAAGGUCCGGUUUUCCUACGACAUUGGCAACUACUCCGUGAUGGAGCAGGCGGACGUCAACGACUUUCCGCCGGAUCUUUUUAUUUGAGGGUCGGUGUUUGCCAGUGAUCAUGGCUAAUCUAAAUCUAAGUUACUAACAGGAACACGUUUGCUCAACUGCAAAAUAGCAUCUUUCACUAGCAACUAUUGGACAUUUCCAGCUCAAAACGUGAAGCACGUGAACUAUCAUUAAUUUCAAUGAAGCUUUUUAAGUCACCUUUUUAAAUUUUGUUUACGUUGAAAUAUACCAAAUUUUAUUUACUGGA